UUUUUUUUCUUUCGCUUUUCACUCUUUUUUUUUUUUUUGUAUACUUCAACAUAUAAUGUCAAAACAUUCUAGUUUUUCUUUACAUUUUCUUAGUCAACAAAACCGACAAGAACUACAGGAUAUGUUUAAUACUUUUGACAAAGACCAUGAUGAAAAAGUAUCUUCUAAUGAACUACGAAAUAUGCUUGGAUCUACUGGUAUUGAUGAACCUCAAAUUGAUGCUAUGCUUAGUAAAGUGCGUACUGAUACCCAGGGCAACUUAUCAUUUGAAGAAUUUGCAAAGCUAAUGCGACCAACACUUCGAACACCUUUACGACUGACCAAGAGACAACAAGAAUUAUUGGAAACAUUCAAAGUAUUUGAUCGGGACGGAGAUGGUGUUAUUAAUGCUAAAGAACUGACAGCCAUGAUGCACCAACUUGGAGAUAAGAUUACAAUGGAAGAAGCUGAACAACUGAUUAGUGAAGUGGAUGAAAAUAAGGACGGUGUGGUCAAUUUUGAAGAAUUUGCAAGGAUGAUGGGUGUACGACCUCCUGACUCACCUACUUCUCCUCGAUCUAGUCGUGAUAGUUUUGGCUCGGUUCAAAUAGACCCUUGUACUCACAAACAUCAUAGAUUCUCCUUUCGCCGCUUUUUUUGUAAACAUCCUCAAUAGUUUUAUUUUAUUUUAUUUUUUUAUUUUUUGAUAUAUGUAUUCAUUUGUAUUACUUUAUAUUAGUAUUAUUAGAUCUUUGACGUGACUUGAAUUUGUACUCUUUAAUUCUUUUUGAAUACCUAUUGUCG